CAUCUGCAUUGUGAGGAGAUAACGUCCAGUGGGAGUGGGGAUUAGAAGGAAAAUGCAGACAUAACUAACAACAGGUUAUUUUGUUGCAGUCAAACAGUAGAAAGCCAUUGCUAGGUUAUUACUUUUUAGUUAUCUUUCAUCAUGAGUUCCCUGUUUUUUUGCGAACCUCCGCUCGGUCCGGUCUGCAGCGGCUCCGGCGCGGUGACCAGCGCCCUGCGGAACGACCUGGGCUCCAACAUCCAUGUGCUAAAAACCCUCAACCUGCGCUUCCGGUGCUUCCUCGCCAAAGUCCACGAGUUGGAGCGGAGGAACAAGCUGCUGGAGAGCCAGCUGCAGCAAGCUCUGCAGCGGCCGCAGUGCCGACACCCGUUCGGCCGGGAGGUCGCCGUGCAGACCGACGGUCCCGAGUCCAGGCUGCCGGGUACCAUUUGGAGUUUCACCCACAUCCGGAGGCAAGGAGAGCGUUUCGAGACCCUGCACGGCCCCGGGGUGACGUGGACGCACCCGGACGGAGUCGGGGUGCAGAUCGACACCAUCACCCCAGAAGUGAGGGCUCUGUACAACGUGCUGGCUAAAGUGAAGCGAGAGAGAGACGAGUACAAGAGAAAAUGGGAGGAGGAGCUGUCCAAGCGAGAGCAGCUGGAAUCCACUGUGGAAUCCCUACAGCAGAGCGCCCAGGAGUCGUCAGAGAUCCAGGAUGAGCUGAACGAGAAGGUGGACAGACUGAAGGCUGAGCUCGUGGUCUUCAAGAGCCUGAUGAGUGACCAAAUGACUGACCUGGACUCAAAGAUCCAGGAGAAAGCCAGGCGGGUGGACAUGGACAUCUGCAGGCGUAUUGACAUCACAGCCAAGCUGUGCGACGUGGCUCAGCAACGCAACUCGGAGGACAUGUCGAAAAUGUUCAACGUCAGCCCCGCCAGGUCGCUCCCAGAGAAGGGUGCUGCAGCGUGCUGCAGGAGAAAGGAACGUAAGACCGUCUCCGACGAGGAGAACUCGGAGAUGGACGCUGAGCCAAGCACUUCUGAGGAGGAGGUUCCUGGAUCGCUCAACAUCACUGACGAGAUGAAACGCAUGCUCAACCAGCUACAUUGUUCAGAUAACUCGUUUGUUGCCAGGCGCGAGACGUUUGAAAUUGACGACGACUGCGACAGUCUGACGUGGGAGGAAAAUGAGGACACUCUCUUGCUCUGGGAGGAUUUCACAAACUACAACAUCCCGUGCACCAUCGCUGCAACGACCUGCGCGGUAGCCUGCCCCUGCGAAGGCAGCGCUGAAGCGGCUGAUCCCGAUUCCCAGGAUGGAAGUCUUGGCAGCCUCAUUGAUGAAACAGAGACCCUAUUUAAGAGCAGGGAGAAGGAGUACCAGGAGACCAUCGGACAGAUUGAGAUGGAGCUGGCCACAGCAAAGAGCGACAUGAACCGACAUCUGCAUGAGUACAUGGAGAUGUGCAGCAUGAAAAGGGGCCUCGAUGUGCAGAUGGAGACCUGUCGGCGGAUGAUUAAAGGCGGCAGGAACUCUCCUUCUUUCAGCUCGGUUGCCAGCAGCGACUCAGGGAACACAGAUGAGAUCCAGGACGAGAUCUCGGAUAAAGACGCAGAGACUGAAGUCCCGCUCAGUUGAUGGCUGCACAGCUGGCAUUUGUUCCAUUUCCUGUUGUCUGGCUCAAUUAAUCAAUGGAGUUUAAAUAUGAGCAAAAUGUCAUCCUGGCUGGAGGUGGAACAAGCUUAACAUGGUGCAGGCUCUGAACUGGUGCUUUUAUACUGUUUUUGCUGUUUGGAAAGUGGUGGUGGGGGGUGUCUUUGCUUCGUAAAUGCAGACACCAAGCUGUGCUCUCUUUCUUGCCGCUGAUUCCAGGGCUUCAAAUCAUUUUGCAGAGGAGAAAAAAAUAUUUUAAACAAGCUGAAAAGUAUUUUCUAUCCAGUUAAGAUCCUUUUUUUCUAAAGGAAUUAAAUACAGUACAUAUUGUACUCCUCCAUUCACCAAAAUGAUUACUAUACAUCUCUUAGACUGAGAAACGUUUUGUUGCCCCUGAUUGAAAUACUCCCUUGAUUUUGUGUGAUCUGAACACAGGUGUGGCAUUUAAAGUCCAAAUUGAAGUGUUGGGGUUUUAGUGUCUUCUGUCAGGAAGACAAAGAAAAGAGGAGACAAAUGGUGUUGAAGUUCUGCUUGUUUCUGAGGGAACUCUGCAGGCUUGCCAAAGUCGACAGAGGGAAGGAGCACAGCCUUUUUUGUAAAUGCACCGGUGCACUACUGAAUUCUAUGCAACUUAGCGAGCCUUAUUCUGUUUUGGACUGGCUAUCACCCGUUUUAGCUUCUUUUACAGACAUUUGCCUCUUUUAAGGAAAGCAGGUAUUUUUUAUGUCGUAUUGUAUUUGUUGGGGCCGUCAACUGGAACAGAGCCCCUAAAAUACUAUAGUACACUGCUUUGCAAAAGUGUUCAUAACCUUUGAGGUUCUUCACGUUCUGCCACACUCCAACCAAAAAUGUUAUUGUUUCAUUGGGAUUUUAUGUGAUAGGCCAUCACAGGAGGUCCAUAAUAGUGAGUUACAUGUAAUAUCAUACAUUUUCAAAUUACAAUUUUUGAUUUUUUAGCAGCAGUAAAUGUGAAAAAUGUACUGUGCAGUUGUAUUCUGCUGUUCUGCACCGAUACUUUGCAGAGCCACUUUUUUUUUUACAGCUUUACACACAUUCAAAUUUGCAAGAUGAUCCAAACUGAGUACGAUUUUACAGAGAGUAUCUAUAAACAUCUAUUUAUAGAUUGAUGUUUAUGCCAAUCUAUAAGUUACACCGAAAGUUACAUAUGGGCAUUUGUAACUUUCCACAGUUAAUCAAUAAAAGUGUCACAGCAUAAUGCUGUGGGAAUGAGCACAGAAGCAUGAGCAUAGAAGAUGUUUUCAUAGUGAUAGUUUCCCGCACAAAAAUUGCUCAUAUC